AUGUCUUUAUUUAAGCACAAAUUUCCUGAAGACCAUCACUUGAUUGAACUCUUCGUCAAAUGUGCCGAAAAUCGUUCGCUUCUUACAAACGAAGACUUUUUGAUGCCUUUCGUCAAGAAAUCAUUGAAUUAUCCAAAGAACCACUGCUCAGACCACUGCUCAACAGAGUGCAAUCAUAUUAAGUGUGAUUUGGUCUCAUCUUAUCUGUUCAUUACGAACGCCUUUAUAUUUGAAGACAUCCUUCCCAUUAUGUAUCCAUUGGGUGGUCAACCUCCGGGACCCCCCGGCCCGAGAGGUAUGACACCUAUGGCGCCCCCGCAGAUGGCUCCCGGACAGCAGCCACCGAUUGGGCCUCCAAUGGGUGCGAUGAUGACGGGUGUGCCCGGAGUGGGUGUUCCGGGUGCGCCGAGUCUGGAGAACGUGUUGCCAGUGUUCCUCUGUCCGCGAAGACCUAAUAUUGGAACGGAUGGGCGACUCAUCACUCUUCGCGCCAAUCACUUCCAGAUAACAAUGCCCCGGGGGUUCCUCCACCACUACGACAUCACCAUCACUCCAGACAAGUGUCCGCGAAAGAUCAACAGAGAGAUCAUCGAAACGAUGGUUCAGUCGUACUCCAAGAUCUUCGGCACUCAGAAACCGGUGUUCGACGGGAGGAAAAACAUGUACACCCGGGACGACCUCCCCAUUGGCAGAGAUAAGGUCGAGUUAGAGGUUACCCUUCCGGGCGAGGGUAAGGAUAGGGUGUUUCGGGUGGCUAUUAAGUGGGUCUCUCAGGUGAGCCUCAAUACCCUUGAGGAGGCACUUGAGGGCAAUUCACGGGCCAUCCCAUUGGACUCCAUACAAGCCCUGGACGUUGUGAUGAGACAUUUGCCGUCAAUGACAUACACACCGGUUGGCCGUUCAUUCUUCUCAUCGCCGGACGGCUAUUACCAUCCGUUAGGGGGCGGACGGGAAGUGUGGUUUGGUUUCCAUCAGAGCGUACGUCCAUCACAAUGGAAGAUGACUCUGAACAUCGACGUGAGCGCCACCGCCUUUUAUAAGGCUCAGCCGGUCGUGGAGUUCAUGUGCGAAGUGUUGGACAUCCGGGACAUCAACGAGCAGAGGAAGCCGUUGACUGACUCGCAAAGAGUGAAGUUCACGAAAGAGAUUAAAGGCCUGAAGAUAGAGAUCACUCAUUGCGGAGCAAUGCGUCGCAAAUACCGCGUCUGUAAUGUGACGCGAAGACCGGCUCAGUUGCAGUCAUUUCCGUUGCAGUUGGAAAACGGACAGACCGUCGAGUGCACUGUUGCCAAGUACUUCCUGGACAAGUAUAAGAUGAAGCUGAGGUACCCUCACCUGCCAUGCCUUCAAGUGGGACAGGAGCACAAACACACGUAUCUCCCGCUCGAAGUAUGCAAUAUAGUUGCCGGUCAGCGCUGUAUCAAGAAGUUGACGGACAUGCAGACCUCGACUAUGAUCAAAGCCACCGCACGGUCAGCACCCGACAGGGAACGGGAGAUCAAUAAUCUGGUGAAUAAAGCGGACUUUAAUAACGAUCCCUACGUUAAAGAGUUCGGUCUAUCGAUCAGUAAUAUGAUGAUGGAAGUGAAGGGCCGGGUAUUACCGCCGCCCAAACUGCAGUACGGCGGACGCACCAAACAACAGGCCAUUCCCAAUCAGGGCGUAUGGGAUAUGCGCGGCAAACAGUUCCACACCGGCGUAGAGAUCAGGACCUGGUCUAUAGCCUGCUUCGCGCCGCAGCGCACCUGUCGUGAGGACUCUCUCAGAAACUUCACCCAACAGUUGCAGAAAAUCUCAAACGACGCCGGAAUGCCUAUCAUAGGACAGCCAUGUUUCUGCAAAUACGCUACCGGUCCCGAUCAGGUGGAGCCUAUGUUCCGCUACUUGAAGCAGACAUUCCAAGGCCUGCAACUGGUGGUUGUGGUUCUGCCGGGAAAGACUCCGGUGUACGCAGAGGUGAAGCGAGUGGGCGACACAGUGCUAGGGAUGGCCACUCAGUGCGUUCAGGCAAAGAAUGUCAACAAGACUUCGCCCCAAACCCUCUCCAAUCUGUGUCUCAAGAUUAACGUGAAAUUGGGCGGAAUUAACAACAUUCUGGUGCCCAACAUAAGGCCAAAGGUGUUCAACGAGCCUGUGAUAUUCUUGGGGGCAGAUGUCACUCACCCUCCGGCUGGUGAUAACAAGAAGCCUUCCAUUGCGGCUGUGGUGGGCUCUAUGGACGCCCACCCGAGCAGAUAUGCGGCUACCGUUCGUGUUCAACAGCACCGGCAGGAAAUCAUUCAUGACUUGUCGACAAUGGUUAAGGAACUACUCAUUCAGUUCUAUAAGUCGACCCGUUUUAAGCCAAACCGUAUUAUCUUCUAUCGCGACGGUGUAUCUGAGGGUCAGUUCCAUCAGGUGUUGGCUCACGAAUUGUUGGCCGUCCGGAGCGCGUGCAUGAAAUUGGAAGACGAUUACAGGCCGGGCAUCACAUUCAUCGUCGUCCAGAAGCGACACCACACGCGCCUCUUCUGCGCCGAUAAGAGGGAACAAAUCGGCAAAAGCGGGAACAUUCCGGCCGGUACUACAGUGGACGUUGGCAUCACUCACCCAACCGAGUUUGACUUCUACCUGUGCUCUCACGCCGGCAUUCAAGGAACGAGUCGUCCGUCUCAUUACCACGUCCUCUGGGAUGACAACCAAUUUUCAGCCGAUGAACUCCAAUGUCUAACAUAUCAGUUGUGUCACACAUACGUGCGCUGUACGCGCUCGGUGUCGAUCCCGGCGCCCGCAUAUUACGCCCAUUUGGUUGCUUUCAGAGCUCGGUAUCAUUUGGUGGAGAAGGAACACGACAGGAUCAGUCAAUUGGAUUCUGAAAGUCAUUCUGGGCUCACGUCAGGAGAAACUGAAUUCAGCGGCGAGAGUUCGAGCCAUCACUCGGGGACUAACGGUGACGAGCGGACAGUGACUGCGUUGACCCGUGCGGUGACAGUACAUCCCGACACCACGAAAGUGAUGUAUUUUGCUUAAGAAGACUCACACUCUCCUCAUAAACCAUACGAAUAGACAAUUUAGUCAUCUCUCAAAGAAAUACUAAACCGUUGAAUGUAUUGCAAGUAUUGAACAAUUGUUUAAAGUAUACACACAUUAACCCACAAAUCAUCGAUUCAUUAAUUAAUUUAAUUUUAAAAUAAAUCAAUUGAAAUCAUGUUCUCAAAUAUUGGCACAUUUAUUAGACGAUUAUUAUUUAUAGUUUUAUUAAUAUACAGUACAGUAUAGUAUAAAAUACUGUUAUUAUAUAUUAUUAAUUAUAUGAGACAUAACAUUAGCUACACAUAACAUAACACUAUUACCGUAUGCCCUAUAUUCACAAAUCGUUACAUAUUUUGCAUCCCUUUGUCAACAUAUUACUCAAACCACUGUUUGAAACUUUUAAACAAACAUAC